AUGGCUGGGGCCUGGAAAGCGGUCAAAUCCGGCACUACCACUGGGACGCAAAAGACGAGCGAAGGACUUGGGUCCAUGAAAUCGAAAGUUGGAGAUGCCUUCAAACAAGGACGCAACAAAGCUGUUGACACCGCGCACGAGGUAGCGGAGAAGACCCAGGAAGUCGCGUCACCGAUCCAGGAGCGGGCCACGCAGGGGUUCGACACGGAGAAGGAGAAAGGAAAAGGAACGAUUGGAAGCGUGAAGGAUCACGUCGUGGAGAAAAUCGAAGGGACUACGGAUGCCGCCAAGGCCAGGGCUCAGGAAGCGUUGGAUCAAGGACGGGAGUAUGAAAAGGAGGUGGAAAGUAAGGCGCGUGAGACGGAACAAAAAAUGGAGGAAAAAGCCGAAGCCGCCAAGACGGGUUUCGCGGCCAUGGGAGAGAAGAUCAAAGCUGCCGGUCAAGCCGGCAAAGGUCGUUUGGGGAACGCGAUGAACGCGUGGAAACCGAAGGCCCAAGAAACAACGGAGAAAGCUCAAGAAACGGCGGAGAGAGCCCAGGAAACGGCCGAGGACGUGGCCGAGAAGGCGGGCCGUGCGACGGGACAAGCCAAGGGCUGGGCAGAGGGCGUGGCUGACGAAGUGAAGGAGAAGGGACAGUGAGAGCGAAAGGUGGUCGGGUCUUCUGCCGUGGGAGCGCAUCGAAGGGCAAAGCAAGCGGCGGAAGCCGCGUAUCAGGAAGCAGUUGAGAGAUGUACAUCACGGAAAAGGCAAAGAAGAAAUGGAUUCACGCAACAAUAUCGAACAGAGAAGGCAUGAGAACAACGCCUUGAAACGAUUCGUAUGGCCUAUAUAUGUGGAAAAACGAAAAAAAAAAUCUAGUAGGGACGUAUCAAUUUCGUUCGGGGAGAUCUAAAAAAUACGGUUUUCAGGGAAGCGUACGGAAAAUAUAGUGAGCAUGAUGACCGUAUUGGAGCGCAAGCCUUUACUAAGGCUUUUCGUCAGGUAUGGCGGAGCGUUGGCGUUGAAACACGGGGAGUGGAGGUUUUCGCUCAGAUCAUGCAUGAAUAUAUAAGGCCGGACGUAGUAAGUCACUAAGGCUCCAUGCUUGUGAAAGAUUGGAUGUCCUUUCAAAUCUAGGGUGUUUAAAGCGGUCGAGUAGGUGUAGUGAGGCUGUUAUUGGAAAGAAACUAGCAAAUUAUUACGUGAUA